AUGAAGUUGAAGCAACUCAAAGUUAGACCCAAGAAGAUUCUCGAGGCAAGUCCUUGUAUUGCAGAAAUGGGUGCAUUGUUUGAAUGCUGGGCUACUGCUGGUGUUGACGAUAAGCGUUGUGCAGCCAUUGCUAAAUCUUUGACUGGUUGCAUGGGCAAGCCUGUUCAAAGAACCAAAAACACCAACACCAUCAACUAUCAUUUGGCUCGUUUAAGCAAACAAUUGUAA